UUGCUGAUUCGGAUCAGCGUCACUCUCGAAAAUUUUCCCUUUUUUUUUUGUUUGUCCUCAAUCGAUCGAUUGAUGCGCGGGUCUGUAUUUGGAUUUCUAUUUAUUUAUCAGUUGAUUUUUUUUUUUCAUGCAUGUCUCUUGAUUUGCUUUUGAUUUCAUCUUGCUGAUCAAAAAAGACUGAUCUUUGAGUUUCUUGGAAGCAAAGUUGGAUUUGGAUCUCUUUAGUUUAUCAUUUUGUUUGAGUAAUUGAGUUUUGGCCGUGGAUUUGAUCCUUGGUUGCUUCUUUGUGGAGUUUCAAUUAGGGUUUCUGAAUAUAUUUCGAACUUAUAAUCGAAUUUUUUUGGUGGUUUCUUGCUUGCAAAUCAGUUUUUUUUUUGGUCUUAGUUUCGUUUGUUUAUAGAUUGAAUCCGUAGUCGAAUUUGAGUUUUGGUGUGGAUUUGAUCCUUGUUAUCUUCUUUGGCGAGGGUCAAUUAGGGUUUCGGAACUUGUUUGAAGCUUAUAAUCCAAUCUCUUGAUGAUUUCAAGCUUGAAAAUUAGGUAACAUUUGUUGUUCUUUUCUUGUUUAGAGAUUGAAUCCGUAGUAAAAUUUGAGUCUUUUGGCGUGGAUUUGAUCCUUGUUACCUUCUUUGGCGAAGCUCAAUUAGGGUUUCCAAUCUAAUUUCAAGCAAUUGAAUCUCCUGGUGAUUUUAAGCUCUCAAAUCAGGUGACAUUUGUUCUUCUUUUCUUAUUUAGCUGUUGAAUCCGUGGUAAACUUUGAGUUUGGUGUGGAUUUGACCCUCAUUUCCAUUUAUUAGGGUUUCCAAGCUGAAUCCAUUCAUCCUUUCCAUUUAUACCCAAAGCCUAGUUUUCCAAUCAAUUUCCCCAACCUUUACCUCUCCCCAAUCCAUUCAUCUCAAAUUAGAACUCUAAAACUCCAAUCUUUGCUUCUAUUUCCAAAAGUUCCAUCAAUGGAUAUUAGCAACGAAGCAAGUGUAGAUCCAUUCUCUAUCGGCCCGUCAUCGAUCAUUGGCCGGACGAUAGCUCUCCGUGUCCUCUUCUGCACGUCAGUCUCCCAUCUCCGGCAUCAGCUCCUCCACCUCCUCAUCCGUUCUCUCCGGCACCUCCGCAACACCACUGUCCCAUUGCUCUCAUGGUUCCACCCCAAGAACACUCAGGGAAUCCUUCUCAUGGUCACCCUCAUUGCCUUCUUGUUGAAACGCUUCACCAAUGUCCGGUCCCGUGCCGAAUCAGCCUACUUGAGAAAGUUCUGGCGAAGCAUGAUGAGAAGCUCACUGACCUAUGAGGAAUGGAGCCAUGCAGCCAAAAUGCUUGAGAAGGAGACAACCAAGAUGAACGAAGCUGAUCUUUAUGAUGAGGAGUUGGUAAGGAACAAGCUCAGAGAGCUCCGGCAUCGGAGAGAAGAGGGUUCUUUGAGGGAUGUUGUGUUUCAUAUGCGCGCCGAUUUGCUUAGGAAUCUUGGCAAUAUGUGUAAUCCUCACCUUCAUAAGGGCAGGCUUCAGGUCCCUAAGUUGAUAAAAGAAUACAUCGAUGAGGUCUCAGCUCAACUGAAAUUGGUCUGUGAUUCCGAGUCAGAAGAGUUGCUCUUGGAAGAGAAGCUUGCUUUCAUGCAUGAAACAAGACAUGCCUUUGGUAGGACAGCACUGCUCUUGAGCGGUGGUGCAUCACUAGGAGCUUUCCAUGUGGGCGUCGUGAGAACAUUGGUGGAGCAUAAGCUUUUGCCAAGGAUAAUUGCCGGUUCUAGUGUAGGAUCAAUCAUGUGUGCGGUGGUGGCGACACGGUCAUGGCCUGAACUCGAGAGCUUCUUUGAGGACUCUUGGCAUUCACUGCAGUUCUUCGAUCAUAUGGGCGGGAUCUUUGCAGUGGUUCGGAGGGUUGUGACACAAGGGGCGGUGCAUGAUAUUAGGCAAUUGCAGAGGUUGUUGAGGCAUCUCACUAGCAACUUAACCUUUCAAGAAGCUUAUGACAUGACCGGUCGUAUUCUUGGUAUCACCGUCUGCUCUCCGAGGAAGCAUGAACCGCCACGAUGUCUCAAUUACUUGACAGCACCCCAUGUGGUUAUAUGGAGUGCUGUAGCUGCCUCUUGUGCAUUUCCUGGUCUCUUUGAGGCUCAGGAGUUGAUGGCAAAGGAUCGGUUUGGAGAAAUUGUGCCUUACCAUGCACCUUUUGCAGCAGGCCCAGGUGAGAAGACCACACCUUCUGCUCGCCGUUGGAGAGAUGGGAGUUUGGAAAGUGAUUUGCCAAUGAUGCGGUUGAAGGAAUUGUUCAAUGUAAACCAUUUCAUUGUUAGCCAAGCUAAUCCUCACAUCGCCCCACUUUUGAGGCUUAAGGAACUCAUUAGGGCUUACGGAGGCAACUUUGCAGCCAAGCUUGCUCAUCUUGCGGAGAUGGAAGUUAAACACAGAUUUAAUCAGGUGUUAGAACUUGGUUUUCGACUUGGGGGAAUUGCUAAACUCUUCGCUCAAGAUUGGGAAGGUGAUGUCACAGUGGUCAUGCCGGCUACCCUCGCACAGUAUUCAAAGAUCAUCCAAAAUCCAUCAUAUGCAGAGCUCCAAAAGGCCGCUAACCAAGGCAGGCGGUGCACUUGGGAGAAACUCUCUGCUAUAAAAGCUAAUUGCGCCAUCGAACUCGCACUAGAUGAAAGUGUUGCUCUUCUCAACCACAUGCGGAGGCUCAAGAGAAGUGCCGAAAGAGCGGCUGCUUCCCAUGGGCUCGUAAACACUAGUAGAUUCAAUGCAUCUAGGCGGAUACCAUCAUGGAACUGCAUUGCAAGAGAGAACUCAUCAGGUUCUCUUGAGGAAGACGGCCUUGCAGAUACGGCUGCUUCAACUCAACAAGGACCUAUUAUUGUCGGAGGAACAUCUAGCCGGAAUCGUGUUUCCCAGAGAAGCUUUCCCAAUGGAAGCGAUAGCGAAUCAGAAAGUAUAGACCUCAAUUCUUGGACAAGGUGCGGCGGGCCCUUAAUGAGAACAUCGUCAGCUAACAAAUUCAUCGCAUUCCUUCAUAGUCUCGAUACAGAGAACGAUAACACAUCGGUGGCAAUGCAAAUGACUGGUUACAGUGAUUCCAGAGUCUCGACCUCUGAGCAAAGUUCAGAUAACACUGAUUCUGAUCAGAAUGCGCCAGCAUCCACGAGCAUCGUGGUAUCCGAGGGUGACUUGCUGCAACCUGAAAGAGUUCGCAACGGGAUCAUGUUUAAUGUUGUUAAGAAGGAAACCGUAAUACGAACACCAAGGAGCAGUGACUCGGAGCAGCAACAAAGCUCUUCGAUGGAAGUAGAUGUUGAAAACCUGCAACUGGAUAGUUAUGAUGCCAGUUCUUCUGAAUGCGAUGAAGAUGAAAAUACAGAGAGCCUUAAUAAAGUCUGAUGAAGUAGAUCGAAAUUGUUACUGAAUUGUGAAUUUCACAUUGUGCUACCUUGUAUAUAUAAUAUAAUUCAGCUCAUAACAAACUACACGCCAUUAUUGUUGGAAAUCACUGAAAUAUGUGGAUGUUUUGUCAGUUUUGAAUGUCAGUCACUUUGUUUGGGUGAGAUUCCUGCAUUUUUUUGUGUUUUUUUAUCAAGAAGUCAAGGAUGUCGAAUUUAUCAGCUGUGAAACCAACUGCAAUUUUAAUGAAGCAUAAUCAUCGGCAUCUAAUAACUCAGCA